AUGGAUGAAUCAAUGGUUUACAUUAACUUAAACUUACCCAGGACUCGGGGGCUUAGGAAUGCAUCACCUCCAUCUCUUCCUUCAGAUGUCUGUCAAUGUCCCCACUGGCAUCGUUUGGCUCUGAAACUCGGCUGUGCUGGGCUGAUCCUUCUUCUCUUGAGCCUGACUGGACUCAGUAUCUUAGUGCGAGUCUUAGUGCAAAAACCAAUAGAAAAAUGCAGUAUGUCUGCUCAAGAGAUCAUGACUGAACCAACAGGGAGAUCAGCCAUUCCACCAUGCCUGAAAGACUGGCAGCCAUACAGGGAUAAAUGUUUACUUAUUUCUCAAAUUUCCAGACCUUGGUCUGAAGGUCUAGCUGACUGCUCUGUGAGAGGAGCCACUUUGCUGCUCAUUGAAGAUCAAGAAGAAUUGAGAUACUUCCAGGAUUUCUCAAAGAGAGAAGGACAUCAGUUUUUUAUUGGACUAAAAUAUUUAAAAGUGGAGCAGAUGUGGAAGUGGACGAAUGGUUUUACUUUACAUCCUGAUCAAUUACGAGUCACUGGCAAGGACAAAGACAACAGCUGUGCAGUCAUCUCACAGACAGAAGUAUUUUCUGACAGCUGUUCUGCAGACAACCGUUGGGUCUGCCAAAAGAAACCAAAAUAUGUCUGAAAUCCCAUGUCUUGACUCCUGGUUGUGAAUGUCAUCCCUGUACCUUUAUCUUCUGCACCAGAUCUCUGCAUUGAACUGUCAAUGCUGCCAGCUCUCCCAGUGCAGUUGGUUGUACAAAGCAUGGACUACAAAACCACUGUGACUCUCACAGAUGCUGACUUCCAGUUUCUUUAUUCUGUGAUUGCCAAUGCACACAGACACAGAUGUGUUAUUCUAAGACAAGUGUUUUAUAGAUGGAAGCCCCGGCCAUUAGGGGGCACUGGAGUCCUUGCGUGGCCUUUGUUGAGCUUGGUGCAUGAAAUCA